AUGAAACCCAAUGCACGUCAUGUUCUGGAAGCCCCCGUCAUUGAAGAUUUGAAAUGGUUCAGGGCCGUCUUGUUGCACAAAGAUCGCUUCAACAAGAUCCCAGUCUCCCAAUUCAUCGACAUCGCUACACCGGCGGUGCAUGUCUACAUGGAUGCGUCGAAUUCAGGUCUCUGUGUGCUCGAGCCACAGCGCCAAGAAUUUCUCCGAUUACGGUUCACUACUGACGAGGUCAUGGCCUUGCAGACCGACCACUACACCAACUCCAUCAACGUCCGUGAGCUUCAGAGCGCUGUACUUGCAGUUCUGGUGUGGGGUUCGCGGUGGCAACUCGACUAUCAGUCAAAACCUACGCAUGUCUGUCUUCACAUUGACAAUACGAGUGCUGUAUCAUGGGUGUCGCGACGACAGAGUCGUCAUCCGACGGCCCAGCUGUACAACCGUUUACUCUCACUGGCCGAGCUCCAGUAUCAACUCGUACUAUCUGCGGAACAUAUCCCGGGCCGACUAAACACGAUGGCCGACGCUGGAUCGCGCGCGUGGACCGAUACUGAUCCUUUGUGGGAUUUAUGGACUAACUUAUCGUCUUCAUGGAAGCAGGUCGAAGUCACUACACCUUUCGACGAUCUCUCAGCCGUCUGGGAGCGGUACUCUGUGGUCAUGCCUUGGCCCAAGCUACAAACAGCAAAUACCGAGGCUACUGGGCGCAGUGGAGGCGAUUUUCCAAAAUGA